GCCAGGUGCACCCGAACACGCAGCGGACGUCGCAGCAGAUGCUGCUGUCAGAGCUGGGGCAGGCGGCCGCCGACGUCCUGCUCAAGACGCCCGCCGACGCGUCGCUGGCGUCAGCGGUGACGUCAUCGGCGGCGGGUGGGGCCGCGGGCGGGGGCGGCGAGCGGGGCGCGCUGGCGGCGGUGGCGGAGGCGGCGAUGGCUGAGCUGGAAAGCGGCGGCCGGGCCGUCGCGCAGUGA